UAUAAUACUGCAUGACCCAUUUGCUGAACGUGAGACCAAGAUUCGGGGGCUACAUCAGUUGACUUACACUGCGUUUUUAACGGCUCAUAAGGAUAGUCCAGUACAUCGAAUUAGGAUUUAAGGGUCUAGCAAUCACACCAAAACACCUAGAAGCCACCGUGCUUUUGGAUAAAAUAAAAGAACUGCAGGUUUCGCUAUCAACAACAUGGCUGUCCAAUUUAAGGCCAUGUUGGCUUGUUUGUUUACGUUGCUGGCAAUACACACAGUGAGCGGGGGUGAAUAUUGCUGUCCUUAUUACACGUCAUAUGGCACUUACAAACCAUUGAGCUACUGUUCCACGUACUGCUGCGGAAUAUCUACCAGUAAAUACUGCUGUACCUCGUCCUAUAGUAGAUACUACCCGAGUUAUUCAUUUAGUUCACUCUGCCCCGCCGUCACCAGUACAACUACAACAACAGUACGUACAGUAGGUUCAGGAGAAUAUUGCUGCCCAUAUUACACGUCAUCUGGCAGUUACAGAAGCUCUUUCUACUGUCCCCAGUACUGCUGCGGGACAUCUACCAGUAAAUACUGCUGUUCCUCGUACUUAAGCAGAUAUUACAGGAGCUAUUCUUAUGUUUCCUCGUGCCCCACCCCCUCAAACCCCUGGAGUAGCUGGAGCAGCUGGAGCAGCUGGACUUCGAGCACUACAUCAGUAAGUUCAGGAGAAUACUGCUGCGCAUAUUACACGUCAUAUGGCAGUUACAGAAGCUCUUUCUACUGUCCCCAGUACUGCUGCGGGACAUCUACCAGUAAAUACUGCUGUUCCUCGUACUCUAGCAGAUAUUACAGAAGCUAUUCCUAUGUUUCCUCGUGCCCCACCCCCUCAAACCCCUGGAAUAGCUGGAGUAACUGGGGCAGCUGGACUUUGAGCAAUACAUCAGGCAUCAUAAAUGUUACCGGUGCCAUAGUUGGCUCUGUAGUCGGUUUCAUCGCCCUGUGUGUCAUCAUAGGAGUCGUCAUCUGCUGCGCAACCGGACGCUGUGGGCAAAGAAGAGGAACGGUGACCAGACCCCCAGGUAACGGCAUAGUAAUGUUGAACACGCAAGGUUACCCAGUCGGGUACGCCCCGCCACCACCAAAUACAGCGUAUGGACCAGGGAUACCUCAGCCGAAUGCGGUUUAUGGCCCAGGAACACAGCCACCGUAUACAGGGUAUGGGCCAGGAAUUCCCUCUCAACAGCCGCCAAACACGGAGUUUGGACCAGGAAUUCCACCUCCCAAUAACCCAUUUGGACCAGGAUCGCUACCCAAUGCAGAGGCACCACCACUGGAUCCCGCGAAAGGAGCCGGUAAUGAUGCACCCCCUCCCCCAUACCCGGGCACAGAUGAUACUAACACCCCACUCCAACGUUAAUUCAUCUGGCGCAGAUAGACUUAAAUGGCCACAGUGUGCCGGCGUGGCAGGGGUGGCAGUCCUAGCAAUGGAAGUCCGGGCUCCCAUAUGAUUAGUACAGGUCAGGGUUAGUCGAGGUAUUGGGAUUAGUAUAUGGGACAAAUGUCACCUGUACAAAGUAAUGGGGAACAGACUAUGGCUCCUAGCGGACUACCAUUCUUGUCACACCAGUUCUCAUUUAUCGCUGUGAUGCAUUCAAUCUCACCUUCGUGCCCUUUAUGACCAAAUCUCUACUUUGCUGAAGCAGGCCCGUAGCCAGGGGGGUUCAGGGGGUUCAAAAGAUCAAAAAUUUGAUCUAGGUACAUGAAGUUUUUAUGGAAAAAGGUCCACUUUAUCAGAAAAAGAACCCCCCUUUUGAAAUUGCUGACUAUGGGCCUGUGAAGCAAGUUUCCUUUAAUUGGUGUUUUAAGUCAAAUGAAUGUAAAGUGAUUUAUAUCUAACUCUGAAUGUGUAUCCAUUGUUAGUUUCUUAAACAGUGCCUGGUGAUUGCAGCUUUUGUAUAUAUAGAAGAGAUUGUCGUUAAAUGCUUAUGUAUUCAAGAAAGUGAUUAGACCUUAUGUGUUUAUAUAUCGUUCCCCAUAUCUUUUACUGAGUAUUAGUCCAAUCAUUAAAUUAACUGGAGCUUGAAUUCUUCGUGCAAAUGUAAAUUCAGCAAAUAUAUUGAUGACCAAAUAUAUUGAUUGGACACCACCAAAUGUGAUUUUAUAGAUCAGACUGCUUGUUAUGUUUUUUAUGUUUGAGUGAUUAUUUCGUGUCUGUUAUUAAACUUAAGAUAAACCGUUUCGAUGGCCUUGUCUUACCGAAAGUUUUU